AUGAGAGCACUUUCCGAGGCCAGGGAAGUGCUCGGCAAUACGGAGGCCAGGGAUUCGGUGGAGGCAGAGGUGGAAAAGGAGGAGUCAAGUGCUUCAAGUGCUCCCAGUAUGGUCACUUUGCCACAGAAUGUGAACAAAGAAGGUAUGAGUUUUCCGGACAGACUGUCAGCAGCUAUUGAUUUUUGGGAGAAAAUCUGUGACGUAGAAUGGAUACUAAGUGUGAUUGAAGAUGGUUUUAAGAUUCAAUUAAACUCAAAUGUAGUGCUACCAGAGCCUCAGGGCUUGAGACCGUCAGUGAUACGGCACAAAGAAUUUUUGGUUGCAGAAAUUGAGAGGCUGGAGGCAGAGGGCGUUUUGACGCGAUCGGACCACCAACCACGAUGUGUGUCUCCGCUGCAUGUUGUAGAGCAAGGUAAGAAAAAGAGAAUGAUUCUCGAUUUGAGUGAGUUGAACGAGAGCCUCGUUCCUCCUCGGUUUAAGCUAGAAAACCUCAAGACUGCCUGGCCAUUUCUAGAAGACGCGCGCUAUGCGGCCACAUUUGAUUUUAAAUCAGGCUAUCAUCCUAUUAAAAUACACAAAGAAUCUCAAGAUCUUCUGAGCUUUACGCUGACAAAUCCCCCUACUGCUCCUUAUUUUUCGUUUAGAGGUUUGCCUUUCGGUUUGUCGACAGCUCCUUGGCUGUUUACUAAAAUCUUCAAAGUUUUUGUUCUAAAAUGGCGGGCAGAGGGGAUAAAAAUCUUUCUAUAUCUGGAUGAUGGAUUAAUUGUGGGCAAGACGGAGAGAGAGGUCGCGAGGGCAGUGAAAAAGGUGAGAGAGGAUUUGAACAGUGCCGGAGUGUGCGUGGCAGAAGAGAAGUCGUUCUGGGUGCCAGACGCAAAGUUUACGUGGCUCGGCUAUGAGUGCGACCUGGUCGCGAGAGAGGUUCGUGGAACCGAGAAGAGAAUGGCCAAGUGGCAGGUUGCUCUUGAGGAGCUGAGGAGGAGCGUGGCUCCAACGGUCCUGGACCGUAUGAAGUUUUUGGGAUGCCUGGCAUCAUUUGAGCUUGUUGCAGGAGACGUUGGUGUUGGCAGAGCACGGUCGAUCAUGCAGACGGUUGAAGGAGUCAGAGGAAGAAGAGUGAAAGGAGCCAAAAGACAGUUCGUCGAGGAACUCAAGCAGAAGGCAGGAGAAGGGUUUGAACACCACAUCGAGAGACUCAAGAUGAUUCCGUUCGAAGCCAAAGCUACGCCCACGGCUGCCGCUUACAAGGCAGAGAACGAUAAGAGAAAUUCGUGGAUUUCUCAGAAGAAGCUUCCAAUGGACGAGUCGUCAUUUCUGUUAUACUUGUUGGACAGAGCUAAGCAAAUCGGGAGCAGUGCUUUGACGAAGAUCUCGGCUGCCUAUCAAACAGCAAAUGAAGGCAUUUCAGCCAUCGGAGCGUCUUUUGUGUCAGACAUCAUCAAGUCAAAAAGAAGAGAGGAAAGCCUGCUGAAGAAAGAAGUAGUGAAAGUGACUGUGGAGGAUGUGAAGAAGAUCACAAUGUUGGCAAUGAAAGAAGACAGUCCGGAGAGGGAUCGAGAUGCGUUGCUGGCAAUUCUAUCGUUCAAUGUCAUGCUAAGAGCAUCGGAAGCAGCUGAGAUCAAGUGGGCAGGAGUAACACAGAAGGACGGGAUGAUUGAGGUGCAUGUAGAGAAGGCAAAGAAUGACCAGUUGAGACUUGGAAGACGUUCGUUUUUCAACUACGAGCCAGACAGCGAUGCGGACAUCUUGAUGUGCCGAUGGAGACUUCGAACCAAAGGAAAGUGUCCAUACGUAUUUUCACACCUGGACGGUUCGAAGAAGCUCUCGAAACAAGCCAUUUCGACGCUCUCGACGAAGAUGCUGGCAGCGAUCGGGAAGCCGGGAGCGACAUCACUGCUUCAGAAGAGGAGGAGCCAACCACAUGAGGAGAAUCGGGCAUUCAAUGGAGGAAAUUCAAUGCAGAGGAAGAUGGAGAUCGGCGGCAGGACUUCAGCGGUAUCUCACUGA